UAUCGACGUGUGUUUUUGGAGUGGCCACGUGUUUGUAACCUAUCGUAGGAGUGUUUUGGAGCCAAAUUCACCUGUCACUUUCAAUUUUCGUUGAAAAACUAAUGAAGAAUUCUUCCUCGUUUUCCUGAUUCCCCUUUUCCUUUUUUUUCAUCCAAGAGACUGUAAAAUGAGGAAUCUAGUUGUUCUGUAUCACAGCAUCAGAGGCUUGAGGGAGGCAGAGGCUGGAUGUCCAGAACUCCUGGAGGCUCUCGAUAAACAAUUCAUCUGCAACAAUGACCCUGACAGUGACACUAUCUUCGUACUCGAGGGGAAUCACCUCUUUGUCAUCAGUUGCAAACAAAAAAUUGAAAUUGCGAUUGAAAAAAACAUUGAUGUCCAGUGCGACUCCAGACCGGUUGGAGUGGAGUACUGGAGUGACAAUGGAGUCUUGUACUGUGCCUACUCGUCAGGGGAAUUCGUCAAAGUCACCCCAGAGUGGCCAUUCGAUCAGGAAGUCGUCGCGAAUAUCGAAGAGGGAAUUAAAUGCAUUAAAUUGAGCCCAGACCAGGAAAUACUCGUCUUGGUGACUGGGAGUGACAAUGUCACGACUAUGAUGUCCAAUCUCCAAGUGUUAUCCAAGGUAAAUUUGACCAACGACCAAUUCGGAGAGAAACAAUUCAUCACAGCUGGAUGGGGAGCCAAGGAGACCCAGUUCCAUGGCACCGAGGGUAAAGCAGCAGCGAAAGCAAAGCCAGUAAUAAUAGGUAAAACUGAGAAUGACACUGGUGCGGUCUCAGUAACGUGGCGUGGUGACGGUACCCUAUUCGCUGUGACUUUUCUGAAUCAGUCAGACAAUGCGAGGCACUUCAAAGUGUUCAACCGUGAGGGUGUACUCCAGUGGACGAGCGAAUUGACGAGUGGCUUAGAAGAGAACCUGUCAUGGAAGCCAUCUGGUAAUUUACUGGCAUCCACACAAAGACUUCCCAACAAACACGUCACAGCGCUUUUCGAGAAAAAUGGUCUCAAGCAUCGAGAGUUCUCUCUUCCAUUCCUGCCCAACGAGAUUCACGUGAAGAAAAUCACGUGGUCACCAGACUCGGAGAUUUUGACCAUCUGGGGACAGAAGUACGAUCAGAAGGAGACAUUUCUGCAGCUGUGGACUGAAAAUAAUUACCACUGGUACCUGAAGCAGACAAUUCCUUUCAAGGAGGAGAACCCUUUGGUAUUCUUCACCUGGAGCACAAUUCCUCGGGCUAAAAAACGUCUCAUUGUCCUGACGAGGGACAACUUUAUGGUUUACACAUUCAGAUGGUCAAUCGAUCGCACUCGUGGACUUUCUGAUGAUGAUAAAGCUGUCGUGGGUGUUGCUGACGGUGAUAAAGUCCUCCUGACUGCUUUCAAAGUGGGCAUCGUGCCACCCCCCAUGUCACAUUACUCACUUCAGAUUAGUGGAACUACUAAUGGCUGUUUUUUCGCACCACUUUGUUGCAAAGAUACUCUCCACUGGCUUGAUUCCAAUUGUCUAUUCGUACACGUGGAGAAUAAUCAAUUGGCACUGUAUGUGCAUCAAGAGGAGGGCUUGUUGGGGUACAGGCAUGCCAAGACGUUUGACUUGGAGUGGCAGGUUCCGAGGAUUGUGGACAAGAGUUUGGGAUAUACUAUGCAUCAUUUUGUGUGGUUGAAGGGCGAUCUAAUUUUAUGCUCUGCUGCUGUCGAAGGACGAAGUUACCUUUGCGUCGUUCAGAUGGAGGAACUGGAUGUGGAGAGAGGGACUGGAAGACUCGUUGUCAGUGAUGCUUUGAUGAUGGACGGCUAUAUACAUCAUAUCGUCCCCACAACCGAUCCAAACGAAGCAUAUCUGAUCUUGGACAGUGGUGUGUUGAAAUACACCCACGGUGAGGGUAUCACACCAACUGAAAUAAUUUUACCAGAACUGUGUGACCACGUCGAGGCCGUUAGGAUCGGUAUGCGACACGUACUUGUCGCACUUGGUAGCAGAAACAGUCUCUUCCUUGACGGCGCAGAAGUCGCUAAUAACGUUACCAGCAUUUGCGUUCAUUCGGAAUUUCUUCUGCUGACAACUCUGCAGCACACAUUGGUAACGGUCAAGAUGAAUGAGCUUGGCUUUUCGAAAUUUUCGACAUCGACGUUGUCGAUUAAAUCAUGGGGGACUGAUAUUGACGACAGCACAGGAUUAAGUUUAAGAAGAAUGGAACGAGGUGGGAGUCUAGUGAACGCGAUGCGUAAGGACGACAGGGCAAUUCUCCAGAUGCCCAGAGGAAACCUCGAGACCGUUCAGCCCCGUUCCAUGUCCCUCCACAUAAUCAAAACCCAUCUGGUUUCCCUCAACUACUUCACCGUCUUCGACAUAAUGAGAAAACAACGAAUAAAUCUGAAUCUGAUCCACGACCACAACCCUCGAGUGUUCAUGUCCACCGCCGAGAAGUUCAUAGACGACAUUAAAAACCCCUGCUGGCUGAAUUACUUCAUCUCCGAGUUGGUCGAGGAAGACGUAACCGACACGAUUUACCGAAAUUGUUACACGAAAGAGGAGAAUGCAGCUAGGAGAGACGAGUUCGAGAAGCCAGACGGUCGUAAAGUGGAGAGAAUCUGUCAGCAUCUGCGACAGAUUAUGGAGAAGAAAGCGGACAAGAGAAAUCUAGUGCAGCCGAUCCUCACGUGCCUAGUGAAGAACAAGCAAGUAUCAGGGCUGGAGGCAGCUCUCCAGAAAGUGAAAGAAUUCAAAUCAAAGGAGGGCACGAAAGAGGGUCGUCAGCAGUCAGCAGACGAGGCUCUGAAGUACCUCCAGUACCUGGUGGACAUCAACGUUCUCUACGACAUAGCCCUGGGUAUGUACGACCUCGAUCUGGCCAAAUUCGUGGCUUCAAAGUCCCAGAAGGACCCAAAAGAGUACAUCCCCUACCUAAACAACCUCGCUGAACUGGAGGAGCACUACCGAAAAUUCAAGAUCAAUAAGGACCUGAAGAGAUACGAAGCAGCCCUGGAGCACAUAGCCCACCGUCUGGACAAAUUCGACGAGUGUGUUGACUUGAUAGUGAACCACAAUCUCUUCGUGAAAGCUGUGAAGAUAUUCCCGAGGGACACAUACGAGUACAGAAAAGUGACGGGAAUAGCUGGUGAAUACUUUUGGAGGAACAAAAAGUAUCGCGAGGCUGCGUUGAUGUACCAUCGCAGUGGCAACCUGGAGCGUGCCUUUGAGUUUUACAAAAUAUCCGGCAGUUGGCAGGAUGCCAUUAUCAUUACCACUGAGAUGGAUUUGAAUCCUGGUGAGAAGAACAAAAUGUAUAAGAUUCUUGUGCGUCAGAUGAUUGAGGACAGACGAUUUCGUGAUGCUGCGGAAAUAUCAUUGGCGUACCUCAAAUCCGAGGAGGAUGCUGUUUCGUUGAUGUGUAGAGGUAAAGAGUGGAGGGAGGCAUCGAGAAUAGCGCAUACGUAUGGCAGAUUGGACUUAAUUGAGACGGAGGUGAAGCCAGGGGUGGAGGAGCACGCUGCAUGGCUGCUGUCCAAGAUAUCGGAGAAUAGGGAAGAGUUUUUGAAGUACAAAAAACGAUUGCUAAUUGUGAGGAGUGAAAUUGCCAGGAGGGAGGCCGAAGAGGCUUUCGCUGAGGAGGAGGACGGCGCUGGGGGGGAGAUCAGUGAUUUACUGAGUGACACCAGCAGCCUCGCUGGGUCCAACACCAGCCUCAGUUCUGGAAGCUCGAGGAGCUCGGGAAGGAGCUACAGGUCGAGUAAAAAUCGGAGAAAGCAGGAGAAGAAGGUGCUGAGCAUCAAAGAAGGGAGUGUAUACGAAGAUCUGGCACUCGUUCGUGCCCUCCAUACUAUCAUUUCUGAUACUUAUGAACAGAGGGAGGAGGUCGUCGCUGUGAACCGAGUUUUACUCAAUUUGUAUCUUGAUGAAAUGGCUGAGAAACUGCAGCAUGCACUUGUUGAUAUGAUUGAGGUCAUCGAGAAAAAUAGGGACGAGAUCUGGCCGAGACGUGACAAUGAGGAGGUGGAGAGCAGGGUCAAUGGGCACCGGAGGAUGAACCCCCAGAAACUACUCGAAUCCAAAUUCACGUAUGCACCUGAAGUCUCUUCUGUCAAUUGGAAACUAGAUGUUUUUUCACCAGUUAAACGCACACCUAAAUUGUAAAUAUCGAUGAGUAUGGCUAAUAAAUAUUCUUUUUUAGACUUA